AUGUCGGUCAUCUACAAGAGGAGCGAGCGCGACCGCGAGUGGGACACCACGUCCACGCGCACUGGUGCCACUGGCUACACCACGGUGCGGCGCUACAAGGUGCCCGAUCACAGCCUCGAGGAAGACACGUACGAGACCGAGAUGCGCAUGGUUCACCGCGGCCGCGACGACUUCGACGACCGUCGCUCUGUCAAGGACUAUCAUAUCGAGCGCCAUGAAGCGCCCGCUCCCCAACGAGAAGUGAGACACUACCACUACGCCGAACGUGAGCGCGAAGUCUCGCCCGUGCGUUCCGAGUAUCGCAUUCAGCGCGAAUACGAGCGCUCCCCCUCACCUGCGCGCACCGAGAUCCGCAUUUCCCGGGACUACGACCGCGAGCGCGAGAUCUUCCCGCGGGAGCAGCCCUAUGAGUUGGAGAAGUACUCGAGGUCUACUGAGUAUUUCCGCCCCGAGCCGCUGCCCCAACCCCCACCACCCCAGCCCCAGUCCAUCUACAUCCGCAAUGAGGCCCCCCAGCCCCAGCAGAUGCCACCCAUGCAGAUGCAGAUGCAGCCUAUUAUUAUCCGGGAGGAAGCCCCUCAACCCAUCAUCAUCCGCGAGCGCGUCCAAGAGCCAUCCUACGAGCUUGUUGAACGUACUGAAGAAGACAGACAGGUUGCUCGUCCGCAGCGCCACGAGGAAGAUUACUACUACGAGCGCAGAGUGAAGGAGAUCGAUCGCGGCGGUCGCUACGAUGAGCGAUACGCCGACGAGCGUGAAUAUGACCACCGAUGGGGAGAUAAGAACUACUACAGCGACGACGACAUCUAUAUCCACAAGGAGAAGGAUACCUGGGGCGGAAGUGAGACCCGCACCAAACGUGAUGUUGCUGCAGGCGCUCUUGCCGGAGUUGCUGCAGGACAAAUCAUCAGGCAUCACCGCAAGAGAAAGGGUGAAGCCGCUGGAGGCAACAUAGGAAAUGCCCUUGGCUACGGCACGCUUGGUGCCGUGAGUGCUGUGGCUCUCGAUAGAUUUAACAACCGUGACAGAUCCCGGUCUGUUUCUUCUGAUCGUGGCAGAGGCAGCCGCCGUGCCAAAUCUCGCCACCGCAGCAAGUCGAGGGUGAAGGAGCUGGGCACGCUUGCCGCACUUGCCGGUGUUGGAGCCCUCGCCUACGCUGCCGGACAGAGGAACAAGAACAAGGUGGUCAAAGAGGAGACGGUUACGGUCAUAGAAGAUCGGCACCGAAGCAGGUCACGUCAUGGAGGCAGAUCGCGUUCUAGGAAGAGCCGAAGAAGAUCCAGGUCCGCCUCAGUGGCUGAUGACAGGGGUAGGUCUCGUAGCACGAGCAAACACCUAGACCCUGAGCAUCGCAACAACAGAGCAGCGCAAGUUGGCCUUGCCUCUGCUGCUGUAGCCGGUCUUGCGGCACGCAGCCGUAGCAAGUCUCGAAAGCGCAAGGGCAAGCGCUCACCUAGCCGGAUCCGACAGGGUGUUCCGAUUGCUGCCGCUGGUGUUGCCGGCGCAGCUGUCACUGGACUUUAUGAGAAACGCAAGGCUAAGAAGGAGGCUAGGGCGGCAUCGCGGUCCAAGUCAAGGUCGCGCUCAAGGUCCAGGUCAGUCCUCUCCCGCCUUACCGGACGCAACCGCAGCAGACGUGGAAGUACAGUGAGUGAACCUGUUUUAGUAGAGUACGGCGAUGAUCCGGUGUACACCGAUCGUGCCAGUAGUCGCAGUCGAAGCCGGGACCGCAGCCGCGCGCACCGUAGACGGCGAGGAAGCUCUUCUUCCUCUGGUGGUCGACGUGGAAGCCGGAGCCGGAGCCGGAGCAAGAGUCGAUCACGGAAGGUCGCGGAGACGGCGGCGGUCGCCGGUGUAGCUGGUCUGGCUGCCCAUGAAGCAGCGAAGCGGCGCGACCGUAAGAAGGCCGAAAAGGAAGCCGAACGACGACGCGAGGAGGAUUCAGCCUACUCCACAGGCACCUACAGCCCCUAUGAUAGCCCCACGCCCACCGAUGUCUCCACCUCCACUGCCCAUCCUAACGACUCUCGCUACUUCCCUGAGACGAACUACUUCCCCCCUCCCCCUAGUGCUCCAGUAGACCCCAACCCCAACCUCAACUUCAAUCCCAACACCAACAACCCUUAUCCUCCGUAUAACCCAGCAGACUUCCCUCCGCCUCCUCAGAGCGCAUAUGAGCCCAACCAUCCCUCACAUUUUGUCAACCCACCACACGACGACUUGCAUCUCGGCAACCCAUAUGCACCCCAGCAUCAACAACAACACGAACCCUACUACGGCCAGCCACGACGUGGGGGUGACAAUGGCCCGUAG